CACACGCCAUCUGCUUAUUUAAACGCGCCAUUAUCUGGUUCAUCACUCCAGGCUCGCUGUGCACCCCACGACGCCCACAGUUUCCGACUGGAUCAAUCGCCAGACCUCACCAUCUCGAUCGACACCACCAAGCUCGCGAAAACCACCUUGAGUUCGUUCACCCCACCGUGCAUGCACCAUGGCUAGAAUCGCGAGAGCAGGUAAACGCUCGACCCAGCAAUGCACGCUGCGCUCUCUCCCGUUCCUCCUCAUGGCGCUCUCCUUUGCCGGUUCGAACUUGCCCUUGGCGAGCUCGCAGAGCGGGGCGGACUCGUGCGGCAACGCCCUCAGCCUCGGCAGCCUCGUCCCCUUCAACACCACCGGCCUCGCCUGCUUCCAAGCAUGGACCUCGCAAGACUUCAUCCUCAGAUUCAGCAAGGCGGCGUCGGGGAGCAACGUGUGGAGCUUCGUGCUGUCGGCGCCGGACAACGGUGGGUACAUCUCCAUCGGGUUCUCGCCUACGGGGCGGAUGGUGGGGAGCAGCGCCGUGGUCGGGUGGGUGACGGCAGCCGGCGCGGGCUCCGCGAAACAGUACUACCUCGGCGGGACAAGCUCCAGGGCGUGCCCGCCGGACCAGGGCAAGCUGGCGCUCGCGAGCGCCGCCGCGCCGACCAUCGUGUCCAAGGGGUCCCGGCUCUACCUCGCCUUCCAGAUCACCGGGCAGCCGCUCACGAACGUCGUCUACGCCGUGGGACCCAGCGGCAGCUUGCCCGGGUCCAACGGGCUGCUGCCGGAGCACCAGGGCAUGUCAGCCGGCACCAUCAGCCUGUCCGGCGGCACCAGUGGCGGGGGGAGCCCUGCUACCGGUGGCGGUGAUGAUGACGAUGAUGGCGAUGAGGACGGAGAAGGACAGGAUAAGCGUAACGGCUCAGAAGAAGGCAGCGGUGACGGUGGCGAGGGGAAGGGAGAGAGCCGCACAUCUCCGACUUCAGCAUCCAGCUCGGGCGCGAGCGGCGGCAGCGCCGUCCUGAGCGCGAAGCGUCGGCACGGCGUGCUGGCGGUGAUCAGCUGGGGCGUGAUGAUCCCGGUGGGCGUGGCGCUCGCGCGCUUCUUCAAGCGCUUCGACCGGUUCUGGUUCUACGCGCACAUCGUAGCGCAGGGCCUCGGGUUCGUGCUCGGCGUGGUGGCGGUCGUCGCCGGGUUCAAGCUCGACGACGACGACGGCCCCGUCGCCAUCCACAAGGCCAUUGGCAUCGUCAUCCUGGUCUGCGCCUGCUUGCAGGUGAUGGCAUUGCUAGCGAGGCCGGCGAAGGAGACGAAGGCGAGGAGGUACUGGAACUGGUACCACCACAACGUGGGCAGGGUGGCCAUUGCUCUCGGCGUCGCCAACAUCUUCUACGGGCUCUCGUUGGCGAAGGAAGGGCAGGAGUGGAGCUACGGGUACGGGAUCCUCGUCGGGAUUUUCGCGGUCGUUUACCUCGUUCUCGAGGAGUGGAGGCGCAGGCAUUGAUCCCUCGCGCCGCUCCAGCUACACGUUUUUCUUGGCCCCUCUCGUGUUGUUGCCAUGCCGGGCCCUCGUAUGCAUUUGAUUAGCAUUGAUGUGUAUUAUUUCUUCUUGUGACACUAUUUGGUGUAUAGCGAGCCUGUGAUGUACU